ACCGACCAAGUGCCACGCGUGCCAUUGUAAGUGCCCGACCGGAUAGGACACUCGCGCCGGUUGGGGUUCAUCCGGCCAAGUACGACCCCUUAUUACCUUGUCCGGUAAGUUUCUCUGUGCGACUAACCGGUUGAAAUACCAAACGUGAUAACUAACCUGAUCGGUGGAAAACACAAGGAAUUGCAGUAAUAACUUUUCUUCGUUUCACACCACGAGAAAAUUUCAAUUGAAGUUAAUCAAAUUUUUAAUGUGAAAUGGAUAGUUACAUUUUGACACCAUUGGCUGAAAUGGAAGAUUUGGAAACGACUGCGAUGGACUCAACUAUGAAUAAGACUGCUGAAUCGACUAUCAUCCCUGAAGAUUAUGUACAGUCACUAGUGACUAUUGAAUCGAAUUGGGCUAACGAUUUGGCGGCGAUUAGAAAACUAUUGGAAGAGGGCGAUGAUGAAGAAAUGUGUCCUAGUUGUGGUAUGCCAUUCGAUAAGGGUAAAAAAAGAAAAUUGAUUGAUUCAUGUGGCCACGAACGGUGUUAUUCGUGUAUGUUCCGGAACGAAGGAUGUCCGUUAUGUGCAAAUAACAACGAUAAUGUAUCCAAGGAGUCAAUUGAUGUCCCUGAUCCUGUUAAAAGUACAAGAAACACAAGAUCAAGGGUAAAAACUAAUGGAAAUUUUUCACCUUACAUACAAUCUAGACAAGGUUCCCAGGAGCGAAACCAUUCUCCGAGUAGAUUACCCAAACCAAAUAGAUUGUUAGAAACCAACGACGUAAUGACACAAAGUUGUCCAACUCCACCUCAGAGUAGAAGACGGUUUUUCUUAAAUCCUAAAACAAUUAAGAAUCAAUGGUCUAUGCGUAGUGGAUCUCGAUCUCCUUCAGAUAAUACUCUUUCUGUUAUGUCGGCAUCAACAUCAACAACAAUAACAGAUCAACGGAGGUGGUCUUCCGUAGUAUUGGGGAAAAUAAGAUCUUUAUGGUCAUUAAGAGAUGAAGACGGUAGCUCUAUUAAACAAAGAGGAAGUUUAAAUCAAAGAAGUUGCAAUUCAGAUACAUUGUACACUAGACUAGGACUACUUUUAUCAAGAGAUAGCAAUUCAAGAUCGUUUUCUGAUGACGUUUCUUUAGUAAACAUAAAUUCAAAACCUAUUUCUAGCAAUGGAAGCCCUGUUUCUACACUUACAGCAUCCUCAGAGACUGACACUCAUAAAGCUGCUAAAGAACAAUCAUCUGACAGUAUUGGAUCUCUUAUGUCCAUGUCUGGACAAAGUAAUGGAUCUUCAAGUCCCCUUACCCGAAGACAUUCAGUUACAACGCUACAAGCUGGCUCUGUAGAUGAUUUAAGUUCGUUUAAAUCGAGACGACAGUCAACCAGACGAUCUGCGAGAUCUGGUAUAAUUAGAGGACCAAUAGAUCCCAAAGUGAGGUUUGCACAGUAUAGAAAAUCUCCACUGCCACAACAGCAGCAGCUUGUAUUAAAACCUCUAUUUUUUGAAGUACCCCAACAAGAAUCUGAUCCAAUAUUUUUAGGAAGACAGUGGCUGAUGCAAGAUAUUGAUAAUACACUCCAUUCAGAAUCGCCAGGAGUUGUGAUUACUGGUCUUCCGGGUACAGGAAAAACUGCUCUACUUUUACAACUUGUUGAACAUAGUUGUUUUGGACGUCAUAAAUCAAAUUUUGAUAGCCAAACUUUGAACGAUAAAGACAGACAAAUAAUUACAUCUCAUAUCAAGCUUCCAGAAGAUUUCAAGUCUCUCGCGUCACGAGUAGUUGCGUAUCAUUUUUGCCAAGCUGAUAAUAAUAGUACUUGUCUGAUACCUGAAUUUAUACAUUCAUUAGCAGCUCAACUAUGUCAAGCACCACAAUUAGACUUAUACAAGCAACACAUUUUAACUGAACUCAACUUACAGGAUUCUUUAUCAAUGAGAGAAUGUAUAGUUGAUCCUGACGCAGCAUUUACGAGAGGUGUUUUAGAGCCUUUAAACACACUCAGCAGGCUGACUAAUACAAUAGGUACUGACAGUUUAAUAAUUGUUAUUGAUGGACUAUGUGAAGCUGAAUAUCAUCGACCCGAUCAUGGAGAUACAAUCGCGUCCUUUUUAGUUAAACAUUUACCAAAUUUUCCUAGUUGGCUCAAGGUUAUCGCUACAUUAAGAACUAAUUUGGAAGAAGCUUUACCUGUACUUCCUCUUACAAAAAUAAGUAUGGAUGUAAAUUCGACGAAUAAAGAAAAUGUGAUUAAAGAUUUAAUGGAUUAUAUUAGUUUUCGAGUCAAUAAUAGUGCUAGCAUUCAAAAUAAUUUGAUAUCCGUUGCUUCUGGUCAAUUAAAAUUCUGUCAACAUUUACAAGUUAGCUGCUUUGGAUCAUUUCUUUUUGCUAAACUUACAUUAGAUUUAUUCGAAAGAGGUCAUCUUGUAGCGAAAUCGCAAAGUUUUAAGGUUUUACCUGUGACAUUAGCACAAAUAUAUCAACUGCAUUUUAACUUGAGAUUUCCAACAACUAGUUCAUUUGAAAAAAUCUCUGAUAUAUUAAGUGUAUGUUUAGCAGCACUUUACCCCUUAACUAUUUUAGAAAUUUAUUAUUCUGUUAAUGCUUUACACGUUGAAGACUUCAUUACAUGGGAAGCUUUUUUACAAAGAUUUAAGCUACUCUCAGGUUUACUAAUAAAACGAAUGGAUAAUACAUACAUGUUCUUCCAUCCAUCAUUCAGAGAGUGGUUAAUGCGACGUGAAGAUAAUGAAUCAAAAAAAUUUCUGUGUGAUUUAAGAAAUGGUCACGCUGGAAUUGCUCUUCGAUUUUCAAGACUUCAAGCACCUUUAGGCAGUGAAAAGACUCUAGAACUUGGUCACCAUAUAUUAAAAGCACAUAUUUAUAAAAAUAUGUCACUUCAUGAUACUUCUUCGAGAGAUCUUCAAGCUAAUUGGAUGGCUUCCGUUUCAGCUAGUGUAUCUUCAGCGUUGUGUUCUAUGAGAAAUAUCUAUGCGCCAAAUAUUAAAGUUUCUAGACUACUAUUACUUUCUGGGGCUUCUCCAGAUGUUAUAACAGAUUUAUUAGGCCAAGCUCCUGCAUUAUGUGUGUAUGCGAAUGAAGGUGUUUAUGAUAUGGUUGCUUUAUUAUUGGAAUUUGGUGCGACGGUUAAUGUAUCAAAUAGUCAAGGAAGAACUCCACUAUGGAUGGCUUCAAGUAAAGGUCAUAUAGACGUUGUAAAGCUAUUGAUAGAAGCUGGCGCCUCUCCCGGUUUAACUGAUUCGUCUGGAAGAUGUCCUUUAGUAGAAGCAGCUAAAAAUAGCCAUUUUAAUGUAGUAGCUUUUCUUCUGGGUUGUGAAUGGAAAGUGACGAACGCAAGACUAGAAGUUGAUCAUAUUGAUGCUUCUCAACAAGCUUUAAUUCAAGCUGCUGGACAAGGAGUGGAUGAAAUCGUUGAAUAUUUAUUAGACGUCGCUGAAGUUAUAGUGGAUGGACAAGAUAGUUUAUCUGGUGAAACUGCCUUAACUCUAGCAGCUUCCAAUGGUCAAAAAUCAACAGUAUCCUUAUUACUCAGCAGAGGAGCCCAAGUGGCAUCUACAAAUACUAAGUGUAUGAAUGCCCUGGUGCUAGCAGCUCGCGAUGGCCAAUGGGAAGUUGUGGAGACGUUAUUACUUAAUGGAAUAGCGGCUGAUCUUGUAGAUUCGGAACAAAGAACACCACUAAUGAUGGCUGCAUCGGAGGACCAUUCAAAUAUCGUUGAACUUCUUCUUGAUAAUGGAGCUAAUUUAAGUGCUCAUGACCGUCAGGGGCUUACACCUUUAUGUUGGGCAUGUCUUAAAGGAAGAGUAGCUGUUGCUCAAUAUUUGUUGGAUCAUGGAGCACCUCUCGAUCAUGCAGAUAAAUCAGGCAAAACAGCUCUUGAUUUAGCCACGUUAAAUGGAAAUCCAGCUCUAGUGCAAUUACUUUUGGAAAGAGGAGCAUUAAUAGAGCAUGCUGAUUUAUAUGGUAUGCGACCUUUAGAUAGAGCAAUAAGCUGUAGAAAUAUACCUGUGGUACAAAACUUUUUAAGAAGAGGUGCCAAAUUAGGACCAACAACUUGGAACAUGGCUUCAGGAAAACCAGAUAUAAUGCUAGUAUUGUUGAAUAAAUUACUAGAAGAUGGUAACACUUUAUACCGAAAAGGUAGAUUGAAAGAAGCGGCAUAUAGGUAUACAUAUGCACUGAACAAGUUUCCAACAGAAAAUGAACAAGAUCCUACAUUUAAACAACUACAGAUUAAUUUUUAUCUGAAUACAUCGCGAUGCAAACGAAAAUUGAACGAAGUUACUGAAGCAGUGGAGUUUGCAGAAAAAGUUAUAAAAUUAAGGCCAACUUCAUACGAAGCUUAUUAUGCAAGAGCAAAAGCUCUAAAAGAUUUAAGGAGAUUUGAAGAUGCGCUUGCUGAUAUAAAAGAGGCCGUACGGUUAGUGCCACCUGGGAGUUCCGACAUCAGACACGUUUUGUUCAGACUCAAAGAUGACAUUCAAAAUAAAUUAGCCUUAGAACAAUCUGUAUACAAUAAUGAGAUGACCGUUCCAUUGUAUCACUAACCCAUUGAUGUUCCUAUCGAUUUUUAGCCAAUUCGCGUUAUACUUCAUUUUCGUUUUAAACACUUUAGUGUAAUACCAAAACGUAAUAUCAAUACUUACUUGAUACUAGAAUAUUAUAAAAUUGAAACACCUGAAGAAGAUGGUACUAAAAAACUCAAUAGUUUAGAACUCACAUCGUGCGUGAUUUAUUUCUUUAGUUUUUUGUAUUUCAGAGUACAAUACAUUUAAGUUAAAAUUAUUUAUUAUAAAUUCACAUAGUAUAAUGUUCCUGUGGUUUUUGAUUGUUGUUAUUAAUUGACUAAUUUAUAUAAUGUGAUUUUAUCUGUCAAUUAGACAUAUAUUUGUGUGAGAAAAAAUAAGUAAAUUUUGAAAAUUUUAUUUUAUAUAACGGAAGUGCAAUCGAGUUAUUAAUAUGAAUUGGUUUACCUAGUUUAUUUUAUACUAUAUUUUAGUCAAGGAAAAUAUGUUUUUGUUUCAUAAAUUAAAAUUUAACGUAUACCUACCUAAUUAGUUUAUUGAGAUGUUAAAUUUUAUAAAAGCUUUU